UCAUGCUGACCGGUGGGAUCGUGGCGGUGGCGGGGCAGUUCAAGGGAUGGUACUUCGCUGCGUACGCCAUCGCUGCGGGCGCCUUCGUCUGCCUGCUGGAAUACCCGCGCAGCAAGAGGCAGAAGGGAUCCACCAUGGAGCGCUGCGGCCAGAGGUACAUGACGGCGGUGCUGAAGGUGUUCGGACCGCUCACCCGGAAUUACUACAUCCGUGCCAUCCUGCAUGCGGCGCUGGCUGUCCCCGCUGGCUUCCUGCUCUCCACCAUCCUGGGCACCGUCUGCCUGGGCAUCGCCAGCGGCAUCUACCUGCUGGCAGCGGUGCGCGGGGAGGAGUGGCGACCCAUUGAGCAGAAGCCCCGGGAGCGGCCGCACAUGGGGGACACCAUCAAGCAGCCCCCCAGCAACCCCCCGCCCCGGCCCCCCGCCGACGCACGCAAGAAGCAGACGGCCGAAGCUGGGGGGCAGGUGAACCCCAUCCCCAUUGAGGCUGAGUAACACGGAGCGGGGGGGUCCUGCUGCUGCACCCACUUCCCAGCUGCGCCUCACACUGAUCCCCAAGCCCCCAGGGGUGCUCAGCCUCCCCUGGCUCGUAGGGGGAUCUCAGAAUCCCUGGGGGGCUGCUCAGCUGCCCCCCAUAUCCCAGGGGACGCCCCCAGCUCCCCUCCACCCCCCUCCAGCCACGCAGCCCCACUGUGCCGCUGGGGCUCACGCAGCUCUGCUCUCGCUGCACCGCCUCUCACGUUUUGUACGUUGUCAGUUGUUUUUUUCUUCUGGUUGCUUUUUGCAAUAAAAGGACUGAAAGGCCCCAGA